UUUUAACGGUGGGUGUUCAAUCCUCGGUGUUAUGUAUAGUGUGGUCCACUGCAUCUUUGGAUCCGCUCGCGUAUAGGCUCAUAACCUACUGGGCAAUUCGCGUACGCCUCUCGCGCUGGUGUCUGGCGCGUCUUGAAAUACCAUUCCUUGUCCUGGCUUCUCCCCGUAAGUCCGUAACCGCGAAAAGCUUACGCUCUCUUCCGUACGCAGAGACAGAGCUGUUGUGUUUUUCAGACGGAAAAUGGAUUCCACAAACAGCAAUGCUCUGAAAUCGAGCUUUCUAACGAUUGGGGAGUGCCUCUGCGCUGCAUGCAUACCGUUCAUCGCCAUAGUAGAAGCUCUUAUCUUCGCCUUCACCGAUUGCUUCGAGCAACGCCCCCAUAAAUCCAGAAACCGUUUGAAGGAAAUGGCUGAGCUCGCCAAGGACUCCCCAUUCACCGUCAACGAGAUCGAGGCCUUGUAUGAGCUGUUCAAGAAGCUGAGUAGCUCCAUUAUCGACGACGACAGCAUACAUAAGGAAGAACUUCAACUGGCACUAUUCAAGACUCCAUCUGGCGAGAACUUAAUUCUGGAUAGACUUUUUAAUCUUUUUGAUGAAAAGAAAAAUGGUGCUAUAGAAUUUGAUGAGUUUAUCCAUGCACUCAGUGUCUUCCAUCCUUGUGCACCUAUGGAGGAUAAAAUUGACUUUGCAUUUAGGCUGUAUGAUCUGAGUGAAACAGGGUAUAUAGAGCGCGAAGAAGUUAAGCAGAUGGUUAUUGCUAUUUUGAUGGAAUCAGACAUGAAUCUAUCGGAUGAGUUUCUUGACGCCAUCAUUGAUAAGACAUUUGAAGAUGCUGAUACUGACAAGGAUGGUAGAAUCAGCAAAGAGGAAUGGAGAGAUUUUGUUGUUCAAAACCCCUCCCCUUUGAAGAACAUGACUCUUCCUUAUUUGAAGGACAUCUCUACAGUCUUCCCUAGUUUCAUCUUCAACUCUGAGGUUGAUUAUUGAAUAUCAGAAGCCGUGUGGGAAAAGCUUAGGAGCUCCUUGAGAGGGGGAGCGAGCUUUAAAAUUCCAUUGGAUAGCAGAUUGGCCUUUACAGAUGCAUUGAUCCUUGCUACCAGGAAACAUCUAUUGGAAAUAAUGCGCCCACACCUAUCCUCCCGGCAGUCAUGAAUGAAGUGUGGAUUUCGUGAAUUGAAACCGGAGAAGUUCUGAUUGCAUUGAAGGCUUUUGUGCAGCGUACAGUAGACAGGUAAAAUGCUUCUGUUCAUUGUAAAAUGAUGUGCAGAAUGCCUCUAUCGUGAUUCCUUUCAUUGUACAGAGCUUCAUAAGUGAUAAUCAAGCAAUGUUUAGAAUUAUGAUGGCCAGAGAAGUCUUCGGUAUCCUUGAAGAUAUAAAAAAUCUGGGAUCUGGGCUGUUCAUUUGGACGUUUGCCAAUCCCACAUAGGGGUGUCAACAGGCAUGGUAAGGGCCGGGCCAAGCUCUGUCCAAUUCCGCCUGCAUUGUUUAACAUAAGCCUAUGAUGGGCCAAAAUAGUCCAGCCCAAGUCCAGCCCAUAGAGAGACGCAGACCUAUUUAAAGACGAGAUUUCUUGUCAGACUUGUGUCAAGCAUGUUAUGUGCGUCCCCAGGACAUGUCAGCACAUGUUAUUUUGUUGAUUGAAUUAGAAUCUCAUUUGAAUAAAUUGAAUUUCUGUUACUUA